AUGCGGCACCCGCGCCUCAGCCCGAGGUUGUCAACCGCGUUACGGCUCUUUAUUAGAGAGGCACAUCUACUCCCGUCGUUUACCCGCGCCCAGUGCAGCGAACCGCGUCGUGGGUAUGAAAGAAUCAGAUAUGCGGCACCCGCGCCUCAGCCCGAGGCGUUGUUGUCAACCGCGUUACGGCCCUUAUUAAGAGAGGCACAUCUACUCCCGUCGUUACCCGCGCCCAGUGCAGCGAACCGAGUCGUGGCGUAUGAAAGAAUCAGAUAUGCGGCACCCGCGCCUCAGCCGAGGCGUUGUCAACCGCGUUACGGCUCUUUAUUAAGAGAGGCACAUACUCCCGUCGUUACCCGCGCCCAGUGCAGCAGAACCGAGUCGUGGCGUAUGAAAGAAUCAGAUAUGCGGCACCCGCGCCUCAGCCCGAGGCGUUGUCAACGCGUUACGGCCCUUUAUUAA